AUGCCUGUGGGCUUGUCUUCUCCGCCUGCAACUGGCACCUUGACCACUUUAGUCUCCUCUUCCCCCGACGCCUAUCAUCUACACUCCCAAGACAACCGGAGCGCCAGUAGCACCAGUUGGCCAAGUCCUCCUCCCUCCGCUUCUUCUUUUCCUACUCCUCCCUCUUCUUCUCACAAUCAUCAUCGUCACCGCCCUUCUAUCCCCCCCGGUGGUGCUUCUCCCGUGCGCAGAAAGCCUCUCCCCCAGCAGCAUGCUUCUUCCCCUGUGAACUCAUCCCGCCUGUCUGGGCCUUCUUCGGCGUCCCCCAUCACGCCAAUUGAUACCACUGCAACUACUCCUAUUACGGCAAUUACAGCUGCUGCUACCUCUUCUCCUGCGGCCAAGACGUCCGCAGAUCCUCCACUGGAGGCCACCAAAGCCCUAUCCUCUCCCCCCGUCAUCAGAAGCAACAUUCCUGCUUCUCACUCUUACUCUCUUUCUUCUGCAUCAUCAGUAUAUGAAGAAGACACCUCCCUUUUUGUACCGAAGGGCCUCGAUAGAUCCUCUCGAGGUGGCCCCUCCGCUCCCCCUCUUCGGAUAGAUACCUCCGCCGCCUACUGGCACGGGGAGGACGACGAGGAGUCCAUCUACACCGCUCAAUUCUCGAAUGGAACCCCUUUGCACAAUCGUCUUGUCAGCGAACCGUUCAUCCCUGUGCUCAACUCUCCACCGGGCCACAAGCGAGCCCAAACAAUGGCAUUGCACCCAUCGUCCAACCGCCCACCACCUCUGCGCAUCGACUCCGGCGGCCGAACCCCGUCGGCCAGCUCCUUGGACUCGAAACAGCCCAAGACCCCCGGGAACAAGAUCAGCUCCUUCUUCGGCUGGAAAGCCGUCACCACGUCGCCCAGCGCGGAGUCCUCGAGCACCGAGAUCUCGGAUUCGGGCCGGUCCCCUCUCCCAUCCCCGAUGCCUCCUUCAAUGCCCAGCGCGUCCUUCUCCAUCACCCAAUCGACCACAGUACCGUUCGAUCCCACCCGGUUACCGGCCCGCAACCCGUCCCUGAGCAGCGCCAGUGUCCUCGAGGCCGGGUCAGCCUCCAAGCUGGCGGAGCUUGAAAAUGAACUCCGCGAGAUCAGUUCCGAGCUGGCUGGUUCCAUUCGGCGGGAGAUGGAGCUGGAAGAUCUGGUAGAGAGGUUGCAAUCCGAGAUGCCGCUGGAUACCGCCAACCGGCGCACCAGCGACUAUUUCUCCGACUCCGGCACUAGCUCUAUACGAUAUAUAUACGAUGCCAAUGGGAAAAUCGAUGACUUGGACAAGUACCGGCGAGCAGCCGAGCAGGAACGCGCACAGCUCAAGGUUGAGCUGUCGCAGAAGUGGCAGGAAGAAAGAGCCCGUCGGGCCGCAACCGAGUCACAUGUCCAGAUCCUAGAAUCGCAAGUGAACCAAUUACGACGGGAGAGAGUCGAGUCGUCCGAUCUAUCCUCGAAGGCUCGAGAACUCGAGAGUGCUCUGGAAGAUACCCGCAGAAAACUGGCGGAGGAACGCCAGAUCAAGGACAACUUUGAAGACCUCUUAACGGCGAUGAGAGUGGAGCUGGAGCAGUUGCGAAACGAGCGCGACCAUCUUCGGGAUAAUGUGAUUCCUCAAUUACAGCAGCAGCAGCAGCAGCCGCCACCACAAAGCACACCCGCCCCCGACUCCUCAGAGAUUGAGCGAUUGCUCGGCGAGAUCGAGGCUCUGAAAAUCGAGAAUGCCUCGCUGGCCCAGCUGCAAGGCAGUCGGUUUGCGUCGAUCGCCGAAGAAGGCGGUAUGCCCCCACGAAAACCCGCGGGACUGGGUCUGUCGCGGUCAAAUUCGCUGGCGCGGCACUCGAAACCGAAUGGCCCAAGUGGACUGUCUCGGUCAAACUCGUUGUCUCGGUCGAAUUCCGUGUCGACCAAGGAUCGCGGGGAUCGCGAGGCAUUGGCGGACCGUAUGGAAGAUGUGGAAGCGCAGCGGGAUGCGCUGCACCAAGCCCUGCGGUAUCUGCUCAUGAGACAAGAACAGCAGGCUCGCGAGUACGAGAAGCGCUUAAAAAUACUGGAGCUGGAGCUGGCUCGUGCCCAGGAAGCGGGCUCCCCGCGGAAAUUGGGGUACGAACGAGAGGUGCGGAAUCUCCGGGAGGAGGUGAACCAUCUCCGCCAGCGGGCCGAGGACGCCUUGGAACAGAAGUGGCAAUGCGAAAAGGGACUGGCAGGGUUGAAGAUGGAUUUGGACCGGGCCGAGCAGGAGACCACUUCCUUACGCGUUCUGCUGCAGGAGCAUGAUAUUUCGAUCCCGGAUGAACUUGAAUCCGAACGUGACGGCUUCGCCGAGGUGAUCGCGACCUCUUCGUCUCUGGAGAUGGCAUACAAGCAGUUGCAGGCGGAACGGGAAGUUGUCGAAGCCAGUGCGGCUCACUCUCCGCUGGUGGAGAGUGACGCGUUCGCGGCAUCCAUCAGCCGAACGGAAGCACUGGCGAACCAUGUGCAGCAACAGCUGCAGAGGAACAGCUCCCUGCGCAGCCGCCUGGCCGAGGCGAUUGGCAAGGGCGAAAAGGAUCAGCAGCUGUCGGCGGCCCGGAUCAACGAGCUGCAGGCCCGGCUCAAGGAGCUGGAGGAGACGCUGCUGAUGGCGCAGCAGCAUUCCGAGGAGGAAAUGGCGCGUCACGAGGAGGAGAUCCACAACCUCGAGGCCAGCCACAACGCGCAGCUGAUGCGCAUGAAGAACGGCUCCCGCAGCCCGGCGGCACUGUCGCCGAAGCCGCCCAGCACGCCGUUUGGGGCGCGCUCGCCCCGUCUGGACAAGACGACCAGCGGCGACGGGAUUCCCCUGAACGAGGCGAUCCAGGCGGAGACGCUGGAGAAGCGGGUGAAGGAGCUGGAGAAGCUCCUGCGGGAUGCAGAUAUGGAGAUGGAGGAGGUGGUCAGUCGGAUGAACCGGGCUCAAAUCGAGGUGGCCGAACUGCAAUCUGACCGAGACGAAGCACUCCGCCAGACUCGGAAGCUCCAGGCAGAGAUCCAAGCCGAGCGAGAGGCGUUCAAGGCCUUGAUGGCCCAGUAA